GCCAAACUUAAUCUAAAAUUGACCAAGCAAGGGAUCACAUUGAGUCGCAUUUCUUAAAAGACGAAAUAAAUUCAGAAUGGUUUUGAAAGUAGAGAAACCUGUGAACUGCAUGUUGAUUGGGGAUGCAAUGAUCGGAAAAAGUACGUUGGUACAAGCGUUCAUGGAAAAACAUCUUCCACAGACACCUUAUGUAGCAACUGUGCAUGAAACUUAUGAAGGAUGUCUUGAUGUUCAGGGACACAAACAUAAUUUUAGUAUCUUGGACUACGCUGGUCAGCAUGAUUAUGAGAACAUGCGUUCUUUCUCCUACAAGGACAGCGAAGUUAUCGUUCUUUGUUACUCUGUUGUUGAUCGUACAUCUCUUGACAGCAUCAAGGAAUUCUGGGUACCGGAAGUUAGUCACUGUCGUCGUAGAAAACCGAUCAUUCUCGUGGCUACUCAAACUGACCUGAGAAAAGAUGAAAGCAAAGACUCAAUUAGUGCCGAGGAAGGCCGACAACUUGCCAAAGAUAUUGGUGCGGAUUCAUUUGUUGAAUGUACGGCGUACGAUAAUGACUCCGUUAACCACGUGUUUGAGGUCAUGACGACAGCUGGACUAAAAUUCCGGAAAAGGAAACAUAAUUUUGUGAAAAGAGUCCUGGGAAAAUGAAUGCUUAAAUAAACCUGCUCCUGUUGGAGACAAGAGAAACAUUCACAAAAGUAUGAUGAUAUUCAAGUCAAUGUUAAGAAAGCGUUGAAGGAAAGGAGGCAGCUAACGAAGGCCUUAAGUCUUGACUUAAUAUUAAAACAUUCGCCUUACCUAAUAUUGACUGUGAAUGUGUUUAUUACGCCGGAAGAGAGGAGAGAGACACGUAGAAUCUACGUAACAUUUUUUUUUAUAUAUAAAAUCAUGUGACAUUAUAUCAAAGUUUAACUUUAUACUAUGUUAUUUAGUAAUAUCUGUUAAUUAAAAUAAAGAUUAUCAAUUAUGUAUGAUUGUAUCCAUAAUUAUGAAACAUAAAAAAGAAGAAAUUUCAAGUUAAAAUCUUUUCUACAUUUAACAUGAAUUAUAAGUGUUCUGAUAUGUGUGAUCACUUAACAAGUAAUUUGUUUAUCAACAUGUGAAUAUUA